UAUCGUCUUGUCCGAGUCAAGCAUUUUCCUAUCGAGCUAAAGAGAACCCUAAACAGGGUUCUGUAAAGACUUGAGCUUUCAGAUCGCCAUUUUCAAUUCCAUCUUCUUCUAAGCUGUUUAGUUCAAGAUGGGAGGUGGGUUCAGGGUGUUGCAUUUGGUCAGGCCAUUCUUAUCGUUUUUGCCAGAAGUUCAGAGUGCUGAUCGCAAGAUUCCUUUCAGAGAGAAAGUUAUCUACACGGUCAUUUCACUUUUCAUCUUUCUGGUUUGCAGUCAGCUUCCUCUGUAUGGAAUACACUCUACAACGGGUGCAGAUCCUUUCUACUGGAUGCGUGUUAUUCUUGCAUCGAACCGAGGUACUGUAAUGGAGCUUGGUAUCACACCCAUUGUCACAUCUGGACUUGUUAUGCAACUCUUAGCUGGGUCUAAGAUCAUUGAAGUUGAUAACAGUGUGAGGGAGGAUCGGGCACUUUUGAACGGAGCUCAGAAGCUGCUGGGAAUCUUGAUUGCUGUUGGAGAGGCUGUUGCGUAUGUGCUUUCUGGAAUGUAUGGAAGUGUUGGUCAACUAGGUGUUGGAAAUGCUAUUCUAAUUAUUCUUCAGCUUUGCUUUGCCGGUAUCAUUGUUAUAUGCUUGGAUGAGCUCCUGCAGAAGGGUUAUGGUUUAGGGUCUGGGAUUUCUCUGUUCAUUGCUACUAAUAUCUGUGAAAGUAUCAUCUGGAAAGCAUUUAGCCCAACCACAAUCAACAGUGGUCGCGGAGCUGAGUUUGAGGGUGCUGUUAUUGCCUUGUUCCAUCUGUUGAUAACUCGGACAGAUAAAGUCCGAGCUCUGCGAGAGGCUUUUUACAGACAGAAUCUUCCUAAUGUGACUAAUUUACUUGCUACUGUCUUGAUAUUCCUCAUUGUUAUCUACUUCCAAGGCUUCCGUGUGGUCUUACCUGUUCGAUCAAAGAAUGCACGUGGACAACAAGGAUCGUACCCAAUUAAGUUGUUUUAUACUUCAAACAUGCCCAUCAUCCUUCAAUCUGCACUUGUGUCCAAUCUUUACUUCAUCUCUCAGUUGUUGUAUAGAAAGUAUGGUGGCAACUUCUUGGUGGAUCUUUUGGGUAAGUGGAAGGAAUCUGAGUAUUCUGGUCAAUCCGUUCCAGUUGGUGGUCUUGCUUACUACGUCACAGCACCAUCAAGUUUGGCUGAUAUGGCUGCGAAUCCUUUCCAUGCUCUCUUCUACUUGGUGUUCAUGCUCUCUGCAUGUGCACUGUUCUCAAAAACUUGGAUUGAAGUCUCCGGAUCUUCUGCAAAAGAUGUAGCCAAGCAGCUCAAGGAGCAACAAAUGGUGAUGCCUGGACACAGAGAUUCGAAUCUACAGAAGGAACUUAACCGAUACAUUCCGACUGCUGCUGCUUUUGGUGGAAUUUGCAUUGGUGCAUUGACUGUGUUGGCUGAUUUCAUGGGAGCAAUUGGGUCGGGAACUGGAAUAUUGCUUGCUGUUACCAUAAUUUAUCAGUACUUUGAGACCUUUGAGAAGGAGAAAGCCAGUGAACUGGGUUUCUUUGGAUUCUAGGUAUUCUUGGUUUUGGUUUUUGGCCAUGGCACGGAAAUCUAAUUAUGUACCUUUUUUUUUUUGUUAUAGAACCUUGAAGAAGAAUAAUGUUGUCUAGUUUGAUUUUUUUUAUUAUGUUUGUUGUUUAGAUUUAUGUUCAGACUUUGAAAAUACACAGUUUUAACUUGAGAAAAGUAGAGAGAACUAAUUUCAGGUUGUUUUUUUCAA